GGGUUAUUUAGGGUUUUGGUGGAGAGCGAUGAUGGGAGCUGUUGGCGCUGGCGCUGGUCGGGAGCUCACAUCGCCUCCGCCCGACGGCAUUUCCAACUUGCGCUUCUCCAAUCACAGCGAUCAUCUCCUUGUUUCUUCCUGGGAUUCCAAAGUCAGGCUCUACGAUGCCAGCGCCAAUACCUUGAAGGGCCAGUUUGAGCAUAGGGGACCAGUUCUAGAUUGCUGCUUUCACGACGAUGCCUCGGGUUUUAGUGCCAGUGCCGACUACACUGUACGAAGGUACGAUUUCAACACAGGCAGAGAGGACAUCUUGGGUUCUCACGAGGCGUCUGUUCGCUGUGUAGAAUACUCCCAUCACACAGGCCAAGUUAUCACAGGUAGCUGGGAUAAAACUCUCAGAUGUUGGGACGCCAGAGUUUUGGGAAACAAGCCACCAGUUGGAACAUACCAGCAGCCAGAGCGCGUCUACUCCAUGUCUCUCGUGUUCCCGCACCUGGUGGUGGCCACCGCGGGCAGGCACAUCAACGUUUACGAUUUGAGAAACAUGUCUCGCCCCGAGCAAGAACGAGAGUCGUCUCUCAAGUAUCAAACGCGAUGUGUUCGUUGCUAUCCCAAUGGAACGGGCUAUGCGCUAAGCUCCGUUGAAGGCCGAGUUGCUAUGGAGUUUUUUGACAUGUCUGAGGCUGGGCAAGCUAAAAAGUAUGCUUUCAAGUGCCACAGAAAUUCCGAGGCUGGCCGUGACACAGUCUAUCCCGUUAAUGCCAUCGCUUUCCAUCCAAUAUAUGGGACCUUUGCAACUGGAGGCUGCGAUGGAUACGUAAACGUAUGGGACGGGAACAAUAAGAAGAGGCUUUAUCAGUACUCGCGAUACCCAACAAGCAUAGCCGCGCUCUCGUUUAGCCGCGAUGGAAGGCUCUUGGCGAUUGCGUCGAGCUACACCUUUGAAGAGGGAGAAAAACCGCACGAACCAGAUGCAAUCUUUGUGCGCAGUAUCAACGAAGCUGAGGUGAAGCCCAAGCCCAAAGUGAUCAACCCAGCGGCGUCAUAGUAGCACCACCACCAGAGUGAUUCUUUUUUCCUUGCUUCGUCUUAGUCCUCGAGAAGAGCACAGUGAGCACUGGAAGGCGCCCAAGUAAGACCGCCAACUUUCGUGCUGUUUUUGGCGCCUCGCCAAAUGCAUUCCCACUGGAGCACCAGUGGGUGAUGGUUUCUAAUCCCUCUUC